ACAAUUAUGUCCAAGCUGGAUCUUUUCCUCUCUUCUCCCUCACACUUUCUUUAAAUCUUCUCACAUUCUUCUUCUUUUUUUCACCUCAUAAAUCUCUCUCUCUCCAGAUCCAAACCCAAAGAGACAGAGAGAUGGAACUUGAACAACAACAGGGAACAAGAUGGAUUGGCUAUGUCGACUGGAGGAACAGACCUGCCCACAGAGGCAGACAUGGUGGCAUGCUUGCAGCCUCUUUUGUUUUGGUGGUGGAGGUGCUAGAGAAUCUUGCAUUUCUAGCAAAUGCAAGCAACUUGGUGUUAUAUCUAAGGAAAUAUAUGCACUUUUCACCAUCAAAAUCUGCUAACAAUGUGACAAAUUUCAUGGGAACAGCUUUUCUUCUUGCUUUGCUUGGUGGUUUUUUAUCUGAUGCAUUUUUCACAACUUAUCACAUCUACCUGAUAAGUGCAGUUAUUGAGUUCCUGGGACUAAUUGUACUCACAACACAAGCAAGUGUAUCUUCACUUCAGCCACCAUCAUGUGACCCAACAAGUGUAUGCCAUGAAGUUCAUGGUGCAAAAGCAUUAAUGCUAUUUGGUGGACUAUACCUAGUUGCACUUGGAGUUGGAGGAAUUAAGGGAUCAUUGGCACCACAUGGUGCUGAGCAAUUUGAUGAGGACAAUGUAUCUGGAAGAAAGAAUAGAUCAACUUUCUUUAACUACUUCAUCUUUAGCUUAGCAUGUGGUGCACUUAUUGCAGUUACUUUUGUUGUGUGGAUUGAAGAUAAUAUUGGGUGGAAAUGGGGUUUUGGAAUUGCUACUAUUAGCAUAUUUGUUUCUAUUCCUGUGUUCUUGGCUGGUUCUACUAAAUAUAGGAAUAAGAUUCCUACUGGAAGUCCUCUUACAACCAUUUUUAAGGUUUUGGUUGCUGCUACAAUGAACAACUGCAUCUACAAAAAUUCCAGCAGUAGUGCUGUGGUAAACAUGACAUCAAGCCCUACAAAUUCAAACAAUGUUAGAAAACCAAAAGAGGAAGGAGAAACAUCCAAACAAACAAAGGAAAUUCAAGCACCAACAGACACACUAAGAUUCCUCAACAGCGCGAUCGAAAACGAAAAAAUCAAAUGCUCAGUCGAAGAACUCGAAGACGUAAAAAUAGUCUUAAAAAUCCUCCCAAUUUUCGCCUGCACAAUUGUCCUAAACUGUUGCUUAGCUCAACUAUCAACAUUCUCAGUCGAACAAGCCGCGACAAUGAACACAAAAUUCGGUUCAUUAAAAGUACCACCGGCUUCAUUACCAAUUUUCCCGGUACUUUUCAUAAUGAUCCUAGCACCAAUUUAUGAUCACAUAAUUAUACCCUUUGCAAGAAAAUACACAAAAUCAGAAAUGGGAAUAACACAUCUUCAAAGAAUUGGAAUUGGAUUAGUCCUAUCUAUAAUUGCAAUGGCAGUUGCAGCUAUAGUUGAAGUGAAGAGAAAAAGAGUAGCAAGAAAUCAUGGACUAUUAGAUGAUGCAACAAAACCAAUACCAAUAACAUUCUUUUGGAUUGCAUUUCAGUACUUGUUUCUUGGUUCAGCUGAUCUUUUCACUAUGGCUGGUUUGUUGGAAUUUUUCUUCACAGAAGCACCAAUUAAAAUGAGAUCUUGGGCUACAUCACUUACUUGGGCUUCUUUGGCAUUAGGUUAUUAUUUAAGUUCAGUGAUUAUAUCAAUAGUUAAUAGUGUUACUGGUAAUUCCUCUCAUAAACCUUGGUUAUCUGGUUCUAACCUUAACCAUUAUCAUUUAGAGAGGUUUUAUUGGCUUAUGUGUGUGCUUACUGGCUUGAAUUUUCUGCAUUACUUGUUUUGGGCAAUUAGGUACAAGUAUAGAGGAACAGGAAACCAUUACUGAUGAAUGGAAACUUAGAAUGUAAAAAUCAAAAUUUUCAAACGGUGUUAAAUAAUAAGUACUUUUUCAAGUUUACAAAUUGUAACAUGGUUUAAAAUUUUGUGAAGUCAGUUUUGGUUGUAAUUUUCA